GUUCUUGGUGAGUUGGUGGAGCUCUAUUUUCGAUUCAUACACGAUGGACCACAUACUCUCUUCCACGAACCGACAUUUCUUUCCAGACUCGCCCAAAAUAUGGUUCCUAGUUUCCUGCUACUCGCAAUGAUCUCGCUCUCCAGCAGGUUUUCAACAAACGAGUACUUCGGCGAUGAUCCACGACCCUAUGCUUUAGCAUCUGCAACAGCAGCGAUUGAACUGCUGCAAAAGGAGAUGAUGCGGCCAAGCCUGGAAUCCGUCCAAGGAUACAUCUUAAUCUCGCAACACCUAGGCGGAGAAGGUGAUGUUCGAGCAAAGCAUGUAUGUACAGGCUUAGCCCGUCUACACUGCCAGUCUCUCCGUCUGUGGGACACAUUAGGCAUGACUCUACUCGAGCAGGAGACACGAAGACGUACAUAUCUCUCCGUGGUUAUCACGGGAAAUUGGAGUACAGCGGAUAUGUCAAUCGCGCCUGUGAUCUCGGAAUACCCGCCAGAAAACCUCAGCUUGCUAGACGAAGAGGAUUUCCUCGCGUUGAGAGAAAGACUACCGCAACAUGGCAUCUGGACUCAAAUGGCCAAGACCAUUGAUAUCUUUCGCGAGAUUCUCGACAUCAUUAUCCUCUUGGGCUCUGGGGAGACACUAGCCUCACAAAUCAACAAAGUGGGUCUGCUGGCAAACCGGCUGGACCAGUGGGAGCAGAAUUUACCUGCAAGAUUAAAAUACAGCCUUGAAAACUUGACGUUCUUCCAAGAGAUUGGUUUCGGGAAAACAUUUCUAGCUAUGCAUAUCGGGUACCAUCAUUACCGACAACUGCUUUAUUUUCCUUUUCUGGAUCCACGGAAUGACAAUCGACUCGCCUCGGAAUGCAAGAAACACGCAAUGGUGGUGUCGGAGAUCGCUUCUCAAGGCGGGGAGCUGGUUUACUAUAUCAUUGGGCAUAUUCUGGUUGUCAGCUCGAGCAUUCACCUCCAUACGUUGUUGCUUGGAGGAGGGGAUGUUGACAGAGCGAGGCAGCACUUGAUAUCCAACUUCGAUAUGUUGAUGAGGCUGAAAAGGUAUUGGCCGGUGAUUGAUGCUGCAGUUGGAAGGCUGCGAUCGUUUCAAAAUCACUGCCGAGUGAGUUCGCUUGAUUCUUUUGUACUGGAUGAUUGGAUGUGGAAGUUCUUGAUGGCACAGUCUGCGGUGCUUGAUGGAAAUAGGGGUCCAAAAAAUGGUCCUCCCAGGGGUCCGUUUGUGCGCAAUGAGGAGACGAGUAAUGAUCUUUUGGUUGAAAGUGCACUUUCUUGGUUGCUGGAUUAA